GCAGCUGAUCGUGGUUUUGUGUCCUGCCUCGUAUGUAGGGACACUUAGUGGUUUGGUGUUCAUGGUGAGGAACUUGAUAGCAGCGCUGACCUUCAUUGCUGGUGGUUAUAUACUACAGAGGGGCAAUGUGACAGACAAAGAUGUGGCACUCCACCACUACCAGUAUUUUUUCCUUAUGAUAAUAAUCCUGUCAGUCACGGGGAUAAUAUUCGGAGUUGUGAUGAAUGUAGUGGAUAUACGAAAGGGUGGCGCUUUGAAUUCCAGGAUACGCAAAUGGCAACAAUCCAAUGUAGAAUCUAUGAGACUAAUUUCGAUGGAGGAUCUAUCCAAAAAGUACGUUGACAAUAACGCUGCCACUAAUAGCGAUGACAUUUUAAAAUGAAUGGAACAUGAAACAGAAACUGACCCAGAUAUAGAAGUACAUAUGUAUGAUCACUCUUGCUGAAAAAUAUUGACUUUAAAAAGAUGUUAUUUCAAAGUCUUCGCGAGGGAAUCGUGCUGAAAAUUAUACUUGAACCUCUCUAUAACAAAGCAAAGAAGUGUGACGCCAUGAUGGGAAUGAUGUUCUUUGAAGAGUAUAUAGAUGAUUCCUCGCUCUAUAAGCAGAAAAUGUAGUAUACACUUUAAUGCGACGCUAGGUUCGGUACUAUCAAGGAUCAUAAUGGAACU